AAAGGACUUCCAAAGUUUUCAGGCGACCUUCUCAGAGAAUUCCACAGUCAAUUUUUUAGGUAAUAACAAAUGGAAUUUGUUAGAGAAGUAGGAGAACUUCGGGGUAACCAGGGCAUGGAAUGGGAAGAGAGUGAUAUCCGUAGAACCGAUUGUGAUGAUUGUAUCGCCGAAACUGCAAGAUUUGCCGGAAACCCUUACACCCGAGAGUAGUGCCAGUUCAAGCGCUCACGAGGGCUCCGGUGCUAACCCUUCUCCAUUGUCUGAAGGGUCAUCAUCAGAAAAUACUCCCAGUGUCGGAGAAAAUGUAGAGGAGGGCGCAAGCAGUCCCUUGUUGGAAAGUAUGGAGGUGGCUGUAGACCUGCCCGUGGUUGCAGGUUGGGAGAAUAAAACCAUAAGUGAUAGGUUGAGUAACCUUCGCAAAGCGCCACAUACAUUGAUGGCCGGAUUUAGGUUUAAGGCAAAUCUGCAUCAUGAGGUAGCAGAUUGUUCCACCUCCAUUAAAGGGUACAAAAGACUGGAGGAAGUGGUGAGACAGUACCAUGUUCCAGGACAGUUUUGUUACGAACUGGCACAAAAAAUGAACGGGCCUACAGCAUGUCAGCAACAGGGUAGAUACCCGUAUAUGUGGACCACUUCGAUGCCGGCUUGAGAUUCCCUUUACCUGGGCUGAUUUUUGACCUUCUCUCAGAGUACGAGCUGGCGCUGACACAGUUGACCCCCAACAGCAUAAAAUUUAGGUUAAAUC